AUGAAGUUCUCCACCUCCCUGAUUGCCCUCGUUGCUGCCGGCCUGGCCAACGCUCAGCUGCCUGACGUGCCCACCUGCUCGCUCAACUGCUUCGUCUCGGCCCUGACCACCGAUGGCUGCUCAUCCCUGACCGACUUCGCCUGCCACUGCCAGAAGACCUCGCUGGUCAGCGACAUCACUCCCUGCGUCCAGAAGGCCUGCGCCGUCUCGGACCAAGUGUCCGUGUCCAACAUCGUCGUCUCCCAGUGCUCCGCCGCUGGCCACCCCAUCUCGGUUCCCCCCAUUGAGACCACUACCUCCGGCAGCGGUUCCACCAGCAGCAGCAGCAGCGCCUCUGCCACUGAAACCGAAACCUCCGCCAGUGCCACUGCUACCGGCUCCGGCAGCUCCUCUGCUCCGGCCACCACUGCCACGGGCGGUUCCGGCAGCUCCUCCUCUGCCUCCGCCAGCUCGUCCGGCGCGAGCUCCACCCCGGCUGGCUCCUCCACCCCUCUGGCCUCCAAGACCGCCAGCAGUACCUCGAGCGCGACCUCGGCCGUCUGGACCGGCGCUGCCGUCAACGUCAAGGGCAACAUGGCUGGUGUGGCCGCCAUUGCUGCUGCCGCCGCUUACAUCCUGUAA